AAGACAUCCCCAUCAAUAGAAAAAUCAAACAGAAUGGCACCUAUUCAUCAACGUCUUAGCAAGAACCAAUUACGAAUCUCAUCAAAAAAGUUCAUAUGCAAAGUUUGCAAGGGACGGCAUGCUCUAAAGGAUUGUAAAGAUUUUCACCGUUUGGCUGUUGAUGAAAGGAUAAGAGCGGUUAUGAUCCAUGGCUACUGCACUAACUGCUUAGCCCAUCUUCAUUCAGCUGGAUCGUGCUUUACGAAAUCUGGUUGCAAACGCUGUGGAGGCAACCAUCAUACCCUUUUACACAUUCCAGAUGACCAUAAACCAGGAAAAGUAAACGUCAAGCAUCCGAAACUGAAGAAGAGCUCAUCCAUUUCCUCUCUUAAUAAAUCGGUUACCUUAUCAUCAAUCACAUCCCAACAUCACUUUCACCUUUUCCCCACUGCGGUUCUAUUGGUUCAGCAUGGAAUGAAGCAGCACCAUGUAAGAGCAGUUAUAGAUACAUGCUCAUCCUUUAGCAAAAUAUCAAGCAAACUUGUAAACGAAUUGGACCUGUCAAUAGCUAGACUGGGUGAUGAGUCGAUAUGCUCAGUUACUUUACAAUCUCGCCAGCCCUCCCAGCCAACAAUACAAGCGACAAUGAAGGUCAACAACAAAAUUUCCAUGAACACUCCGACAAAAUCGAUUGACUCCAUCAUUGCUACCAGAUUUUCCAACCUAAAUCUCGCCGAUCCUCAAUUUUUUAAAUCCAGAUCUAUAGCCAUGGUUUUAGGUGCAGAUCUCUAUUCGAAACUUAUUCUAAAUGGAUUAAUUCCAAGCAAUAAUGGCCUUCCGGUUGCCAUGAAUACCAUCUUCGGAUGGGUUCUUGCUGGGUCGUGCGCCAUUUAAUUAAAAAUUACGAACUAAACAAUUUUCAGAAUUAAAACGCAUUGAACUUUGAAAUUU